GAUUAUAUUUUUAUUUUCACACUUUAAAACAAAGAAAAUAUAAUAUCCUACCAUUUCUACGGAUUUUUUUCUAAUUUGAUUUGUUCAAUGAUUAACAAUCGAUUCAUGUUAUUAUUAAGAACCUAAACAUACAAAAUUUCCUUUUUAGAUAUUUAGUGGGGUAUGAUGUGUUGAUCUGAAAAUUGUUUUUGUUAUGGUUUUUUGUGUUUUGAUUUACUUGGAAAAUCUUUGAUUCCGUGUAAAUGUCUGUCUCUUUGUGCGUUUUGAGAAUAGAGAUCGACGAAGAUCUACCCGAGAUGGGAGAUAAUGCAGCUGAAAUAGAAGCCGCUAAGGAGCAGAAGAAGAAGGAUCGUGGUGCUCGCGAGUCCAAGACCAUCACAGUUGAAACAUAUGCCAGUGUGCUCAGUGGGUCGAACACUGAUCUGGGUAUCUUACCGACAAGUUCACGGAGGUCACCCCCUGAGGGUAGCAGCAUCUCUGAAGAAGAUGAUACAAUUAGCUUCUUUUAUGGUAACCCACUGGUAGAGGUUACCAAAGGAGUAUUACAUUUGUAUAAAGAGAAUGAAUUGAAGGAAGCAGCAGAGGAAGCAAAGACUCUUUGCUUGCUCUCAGUCCCUGGAGCCUUGGGGGCAGCUGACCUUCUAGCAUUUGCUGCUGCCUGUCAGGAUGACAUAGCGCAUGUGAGGGUACUGCGAGAUGGCUCUCCAGACCAUUAUAUGGCUUUAUUAACGUUCCGCACGAGCUCGUCGGCGCGCGAGUUCCGCGAGGCGUUCGAGGGCGUGCCGUACAGCAGCCUGGAGCCCGGCGCGCUGUGCCGCGUGGCGUGGGUGGCGCGCGCCGACUGGGCCCGCAGCGGAGCCCCGCCGCCCGCGCACACCGAGCUGCCCACGUGCCCCGUGUGCCUGGAGCGCAUGGACGAGAGCGUGGCCGGCGUGCUGAGCGUGCAGUGCGCGCACGCCUUCCACGCCGCCUGCCUGGUGCGCUGGCGCGGCGCGCGCUGCCCCGUGUGCCGCUGCGCGCAGACGCCCGAGCCGCGCUCCGGCGCGCGCUGCUUCCAGUGCGAGCGACCCGAGGAGGAGGAGGAUGGCGGGCGGCCGACGGAGGGCGGCGCGACGGAGGAGGACGGCGUGGAGGCGGGCACGCUGUGGAUCUGCCUCAUCUGCGGACACGUCGGCUGCGGCAGAUACGAAGGAGGGCAUGCAGCUAAACAUUUUCUGCAAUCCAACCACACCUACGCACUACAGUUAGGGUCCAAUCGAGUUUGGGAUUAUGCAGGGGACAACUUCGUGCACCGGCUGGUGCAGAACAAGGCGGACGGCAAGCUGGUGGCGGCCGAGGGCGGCGCGGAGGACGCGGCCUGCGGCGGAGACAAGCUGGACGCCGCGCACCUCGAGCUCACCUACGCGCUCACCCACCAGCUGGACGCGCAGCGCAACCACUACGAGCAGCGGCUCGCGCAGUGCCAGCGGACGCACGCGGCGGAGCUGGCGGAGUCCCGGGAGCGAGCGGCUCAGGCGGAGGCGACCGCGAGCUCGCUGCGCGCAGACCUGGCCGCCCUCACGCGCACCAACGCCGCGCAGGACCGCCGCCUGCACCACCUCACCGCCAAGUUGUCUGCGAUGCAGGCGGAGCUGUCGGAGGAGCGCGGGCUGGCGGCCGCGCUGGCCGGCAGCCAGGCCGAAUGGCAGGCGCGCGCCAAGCUCAAGGAGGAACACUACCAGACAGAGGUGUCGGAGCUGAAGGAGCAGCUGCGGGACCUGAUGGUGUUCGUGCAGGCUCGCGAGCAGCUGCAGCAGGCCGGGGCCUCCCCGGACGAGCUGGCCGCCGCGACCGUGUCCGUGUCCGCGGCGGACACGGCCGUCGGCCGCGGACGACGCGCCAGGCGACGACGGUAGCCGCCGUCACC